AUGAAUCCGACGCAAGACGACCAACAGCUGUUGCUCUCUGAGAAGCUCCAAAUCGACAAUGAAGCGGACGGCAGAGUGUGGUAUUUCGCCUACGGGUCGAAUAUGAACUCUGAGACGUUCACGGCGCACCGCGGAAUCAAGCCGCUCGCCACCGUUCCUGUGCGCAUCCCAGGCUGGAUGCUGUCAUUUGAUAUCUACGGUAUGCCGUACCAAGAGCCUUCAUUUUCGUCCAUUAGCCAAAUCCCGCCGAGGGUAGAGAAAUUCGUCCAAGCCGCCGCGCCGGCAAGCGCUGAGGUUGCGCCGCCACCGGUGCACGGCACAGCGUACCUCGUGAGUCAUGAAGAUUACAUCUCAAUCAUCGGCUCGGAGGGCGGGGGCAUCGCGUACGAUGAAAUUGAAGUUCUUGCCCAGUCGGUUACUCAAGAUGGCGAUAAUAAAAUGCCGAUUCGAUCUCCAUUCAAAGUGAUGACACUUGUCCGGGCGUACGGCCCCACGGUACCACGCCACCCCAGCAAACGAUAUCUGGAUCUCCUUAUAGAAGGCUCCCACGAGGCGCAUCUGCCCAGCACGUACGAAUCGUUUCUGUAUAGCAUCCCUUCAUACCAGGCACCCAAUUCCGGCUGGCGAAAGAUCGGAGCGGCAUUGUUCCUGGCUCUCUGGGCCCCCAUUAUGAAGGUUGCGGAGGAGCUAACUAAAGCAACGGCUAAUUCCGACGGUCAAGGCAAUUGCCCCGCAUGGGUGCAAGGGUUGGUGCGCUUGAUACUGGUCGUGAUGUGGUUCCACCAUGACUUUAUCCAUUCGAAAGUCUGGGGAAGAGGGGAUGGCUUGGAUCAGAACGGUGAUGCCGGCGAUAUCGCGGAGAAGGCUGGAGCAAUCUAUCUGGAAUAA